CACUACAUUGGCAAUUCAGGCAUUUCGCAAUUAGGCCAGUAAUACCGUUCUUUUUGUUAGAAUUAGAGGUUUAAUUGAAUCUAUAAUUUUUUGGAGGAUAAAUUUAACCUGUAUAAAAGUCUGCGAAUUUAAGCAGGGCUUGGUUUUACGUGAUAAAAACAAAAACGAGUUUUGAAUUAUUCAAUUGACUUCAAUUGAUCAUCGUUAUAUAAAUAUAUACAGAUAUGUGUGGUAUUCUCGCCGUUCAUCGUGUCGCUGAGGACAUCGAAGCUUUUAAACCUAAAGCUCUUUACUUGUCAAAGCAACUGCGCCAUCGUGGUCCCGAUUGGUCUGGUAAGGCUAUUCGCAACAAAACCAUUCUUUGUCACGAGCGCUUAGCCAUUGUCGGUGUCGACAGUGGUGCUCAACCUCUUACUUCUGAGGACGGCAAGCUGGUUCUUUCCGUCAAUGGUGAAAUUUACAACCACCUUCAGUUGCGCCAGUCUUUGAAGGGCUCUUACAACUUCAAGACUCAUUCUGAUUGUGAAGUCAUUCUUUACUUAUACCAAGAAUACGGCCCCGCUUGCGCUAAAUUCCUCGAUGGUAUGUUUUCUUUUGUCUUGUAUGACCAAGAUAAGGACAAAGUGGUUGCUGCUCGUGAUCCCAUCGGUAUCACCACUUUAUACCAAGGUUUUAACUCUCAAAGCCCCGACACUGUGCACUUUGCGUCUGAGUUGAAGGCUUUGCAUCCAGUCUGUGACAAGAUCAUUGCUUUCCCUCCUGGUCACUACUAUGACUCUGAAACCAAGCAAACUGUUCGUUAUUUCGAACCUUCCUGGUGGGAUGAAGAUCGCAUUGCCACAAAUCCAGUUGACUAUAAGAUCCUUCGUGAAUCUUUGGAGACUGCUGUCCGCAAGCGUCUUAUGGCCGAAGUUCCCUAUGGUGUUCUUCUUUCCGGUGGUUUGGACUCCAGUUUGAUUGCCUCUAUUGCUGUUCGCGAAACCGAAAAGAUUACUAGUAGCAAAGAAACCGAGAGUGAAGAGGCCCGUACCAUCAAUGCUUGGCCCAAGGUUCACUCCUUUGCAAUCGGUUUGCCAGGCUCUCCUGACUUGCUUGCCGCUCGUAAGGUCGCCGAGUUUUUGGGCACCAUCCACCAUGAGCAUACCUUCACUAUUGACGAAGGCCUUGACGCUCUUCGUGAUGUUAUUUUCCAUCUUGAAACUUAUGAUGUUACUACUAUCCGUGCUAGUACACCUAUGUACUUGCUUUCUCGAAAAAUCAAGGCUCAGGGUGUCAAAAUGGUCUUAUCCGGCGAAGGUUCUGAUGAAAUUUUUGGUGGUUAUCUUUACUUUGGCAAUGCCCCUAGUCCUGCUGAUUUCCAUUCCGAAUGCGUUCGACGUGUUAAGAACUUGCACUUGUCUGAUUGCUUGCGUGCCAACAAAUCCACUAUGGCUUGGGGUCUCGAAGCUCGUGUUCCCUUCUUGGAUAAGGACUUUUUGGAAGUUACUCUUAACGUUGAUCCUAAAGAAAAGAUGUACAUUAACGGCCGUAAAGAGAAGUACAUCAUCCGUAAGGCUUUUGAUACCUCUGAUAAGCCUGAUGUCAAACCAUACCUCCCUGAUGACAUUCUUUGGAGACAAAAGGAGCAAUUCUCGGAUGGUGUUGGUUACUCCUGGAUUGAUGCUCUGAAGGAUACUGCUGAAUUGGCUGUUUCAGAUGAAGAAUUUGCUGUUCCCAGGAAGGAAUGGGCCGAUGAUAUCCCAGAUACUAAGGAAGCUUACUGGUACCGUAAAUUGUUUGAUGAAAUCUUCCCCUUGCAAUGCGCUGACACAGUUAUGCGCUGGAUUCCCAAGGCCGAAUGGGGUUGCCCUGCUGAUCCCUCUGGUCGCUACCAGGCUUCUCACAUUGCUCAUCUUGAUUAAGAUACUUUAUACUAUAUAGCAUCUUCUGAGUCUUUAAUCUUGUGAUAAUUAAUUAAUCAGGCUGUAAUUCCACAACACUCAAUGAUAACCGGUUUUGAACAUCUCUUUUUAUUUACUUGUGGAUUUUCGUUUUCUAUGAUUAUCCUUAUAGAUACUCUUAUGAAAACGCAAAGGAAUAUUAGAGUCAAUAAUCUGUUCUUAAAAAUUUGUCUUUGGUUCUUUCAUAAUGAAAUUAUUUAGCAUUUGUGAAAUCAAAUAGGCUACGACGAAAUUAGAUGGUAAAAUACCAAUGACUAUAUAGUUGCUUUUGUAAUAAAGUUUAAAAAUGUAAAAUACA